GGCGGGAUCGAGUCGGGGGAGCAAGGCGACGGCGGCCUUCAACUGGGGAUAGGCGAUAUGCCCUUUGUUCCCCCUGCAGAUUCAUUGUACCAUCGGUACUUUCAAGCGCAUAGAAGGGUUACGUGGGACAGGGUGAGAGUACCGGACAAGGAGGGAACACCUGGUGGGAUAAAAGUUCUACCGCCGGAGCGAGAUCAAAAAGGAUUGCCCACAUGUAUUUAUGAGGCAAUGAUGGCAUGGAUGGAAUCCCACCUGAGGCUUAAAGGAGUAAUUGUCCGCUUAUCAUCCAAGCAUCUUCAAGACCAGGAGCAAGCAUUAGUGAGUGGAGAUACUGACAGGACAGCGCGCUGCAUGAAAGUGGUCAGCUCUACGGGUAUUCUGUCUGAGGAUGAUUAUGAAAAUCAGAACUUGACUGGUAUCAGGUAUGUGGUGGAAGGGCUUGACUCAUUCUUCUCAUUGAACAAGGAGGCCAUCGAAAGGGCGGUCGAAACAAUGCAUAGUGGCCCGCUCCUCCUUGUCUUCCAUUGUGGCGAGAGCUACUACGACUACAUCGCGAAAUACAAGUGUAAACCAAUUCUUAGUUACAAAAAAUACCGCCAUGAGAAAAUGCUCACCCAUGCCGUCAACUGCAUUGGUUAUGGUGUUGAGGCAUUCGUGCCCAGCUGGGAGUUCCAAAACUCAUAUGGGAAAAAGCUUGGGCCCAGGGGUAGGCUGCUUCCUCAGAAUGCAAUUCGCUUGUUUGGGAUGACUUGGAUCCGUGCUGCGCUGAGUUCAAAGAAGAGGAGAAGAAUGUUUCUCGAUGAUCCGGACGCUGAUUUUGUCCAGCCCCCGCUGAAAAAGCCCAUGCUGGAGCCACCGAUCGAUUGGAUGGAUAUCGAUUAGCUGAUCUGUACUGUGCGUCUUCUUUUUCCUGUAUCUCAUUUUGAAACAGUGCCAACAGAUUCGGUCUGUAACUGAGGUAACCUGGCGAAGAGAAUCAUGAACUGAACCAGUACAAUUUUCACGAUUUCGCUGAUUGUAUUAACAGCUUAAAUUCUUACUGAUGGUUUCCCGUUUUUGUCA